AACGCGGCACUGUGCUUAACAGUUGCCAGAGACGCGUGCAGCCGCAGCGAUUCACCGCGCGUCCGCUUCGCGUAACAGAACAAUGUGGAGGACGAGAGCGCCUGAAUCUCCACACACGGACUGAUCAUGGCCGGCCGGUGUCCAGACGCCGCUCGCAGCCGCCCAGCAGACGCCGCCGGUGGGCUGAGAAGUCGCCGAGAGGCGGCACCGUCCGCAGAGACGGAGGACGCGGCGGAGUCGCUGCGGGAGCUGCCGCGGUGGACGCGGCUCUACGUGUACGGGAUGCACGGCGUGACUCUGGACGUCCUGUUGUCCUCGCUGCACGGGGUUUCGAGUCGCCGGGACCCCAAACUGCUGGGCUUCUCCUCCCCGUACCUCUGCGUCAUGCACGCGCUGACCCACUUUGCGCUCGAGAAGAUCUACGCGCAGAAGAGAUGCUUCCGCGGUCGGCCUGUGGUGUUUCACCUCGUUUUCUACCCGUCCAUCUACAUCGGGCUGCAGAUCCUGAUCGGCAACAUGAACACUCUGGCCGAGCAGGUGAGGGUGGUGUCAGGGACGCAGCUGGCGGCGCACUACGUCCUGGCUCUCUACUUCAGCCAGGUGUUCCACAGGGGCAUGUCGAGGCUGCGGUAUCAGAACACCGGCCCCCUGAGCAAACCUGACCCGGGGGACAGGGGUGAUGGCGGCGGGGCCCGUCCGCCGGGUCUCCCUGGCUUUGUGCGGUUCCUGUUUUUCGGGAUGCAUGGCUUCCUGGACGAGGUCAUCUUCACCUCCAUCUUCAACCUGGUUGAGAAGUCAGACCGGACCCUCAGCGGCCACACGUCCCUGUGGUCUUUCCUGAUGUACGGCAGCUGCAGCUUCGUGGUGGAGAAGCUCUACCUUCACCUGCACUUCAGCAGAGGCUGGGGGACGUGGCGGCGGCUCCCCAUCUACAUCUGCUUCAUCUACACCUGGGAGUUCUCCUGGGGCCUGGUCCUGAGGCAGUUUGACGCCUGCUCGUGGGACUACUCCCACUAUCCUCACAACUUCAUGGGACUCAUCACCCUCCUCUACUUGCCCGGCUGGGUCUGCCUCAGUCUGUACCAGGACAUGCUGUCCAAUGUCCUGCUGAGGAUCAAGUGCACCAAAGAUGUGAAGGGUCUGAGUGGGGAGAGAGGAGAGGUCAACGGACAGCUAGAGUCAAAGAAGAAACUACUUUGAUUUCUAAAAUAAAUAUUAAAACUGAUUUAAUGAGAAAGUUAGUGUUUGUCAGUAGACUCAGUUUGAAUAGGUCUAAGAGGAUCCAGGCCCGACAGUCAACUCAAACCAUUGGGUUGCUUUUGUUCACAGAUUAAAGUGAAAGAUCAUUUGACUCAGGUAGGAAGAGACAUGUUACCAUGACAACAGAUGUCGAGAUAAUAGGAUUCAGCCAGUUGAGAUUCAGUUGUACUGUAACCGGACAAGUGUUAUCAAUAUGGAGAUGAGACAUUUUCCGGUUGUCAACUCAAUGCGCUGCCUGAUAUUUGGGUCCAUUUACAAAGAUAAAACAUAAGGUUGUUCACCGGACCUUUUACCUACUGCCAUUCAUAUCUCUCUGAUGUGAUCUGUAUAGUAAUAUGAAUUAGUUUUACAAGUCUUCAUGACUUUGGAAUUGAAAAUAUAAUUUUUUUAUAUAACAUAGACAAAGUUUGGGUCAGAUAGAUUAUAUUAUUUACAUAUGCACUGGCAUGCUUUAACUGUAGCACAUAUCUGCAUGGUAAAACGAAGAGGUGGGAUUGUUUAAGUUUUUUUUUAAGAAACUAAUGUUAGGUUUUGUUUAGGGUUCACAAUUAAGAUUUUGUUCCCCAAAACAUGUAUAGCCACAUAUAAAUUCAGUCAGUGCUGGAAUAGCCCUUUAAUAAUUUCUGUAUCAUUAGGAAGCAGUUUGUUCUCAAUACAACCCAAAAUUAAUUUGUAGUCAUUUACUGUAGCAAUGCACAAAAUUUUCCUAAUCUUAGGUUUAGAUUUUAGUUGCAAAGCUUGAGUGAAAUUCAUUCGGAUUUAAUUCAUUCCCAUUUAAAUCUGUUCCAGGAGUUUGGUAAUCCCAGACAAUUAAGUGUCCAAACCUAUUUUCUAAAUAAUGUCAAAAACACAAAUAGUGAGUUUGUUUUUUGUUCUACUUGGCAGCUAUAUUGAGGUUCUGUAACAUUUGUUUUCUCUGAACCACAUCCACAUGAGCAAGUCACUAAACUUUUUAUAUCUUUAACAUUUCCCACGGCGAAAUAACUGUAAUUUAGUCACUUUAAUUUUGUGUUGCGUUAAAAAAAGAUAACAAAGGUAAGAAUGGUUGGAGAAAAAAAGCCGACUGUAGAUGACCGAGUUCCAAUGGCAUGUUGUUUAUGACUUUAAGUCUAAGAUUUCCCUGUGACAAGACUGUCCCUCCCUUCAUUUCAUAUACUUUUGGAAUUGUUCCACCCUGUGUGUAACAAACAUCGCUCGCGCUCGUCAUAUAUUAGACAAGGAUGGUCCACAUAAAAGCCAUGCUCUCAUUUUUAUUUGACCAUUACAGUUGUAAAAGGAGAAUCGUAAAUAAAAAUAAAGCAGAGCUGGAAAGCAAA